AUGAAGUUGAAUUUCAAAAUGAUCUACCUCCAAUUUCAGUUGAAAUACUUCUACAAAGUUGAAAUUGUCGUAAUAUUUGAUCAUAUAACAAUCACCACCACUUACAUUUUCCCUUUGAUCGAUGAUAAAGUAGGGGGCGUUCAUUCUCAAGCGUGCAAGCAAGCAAGUCGAGCUAUACAAACAACACAGCACACGUUGACGCGACCAAUCAGAAGCAACCACGAUCCGAGUUUUGGAGGCUCUCGCGUUUCGUCAAGAUCAGUGCAAGCGACGUCUGCUAGAAUGGCAUCACCUAAAAUUUUGCCCACUUUAUUCGUUUAUUUAACGAUAUGUGCAGUAUUAUGCAUAGCCGGGCGAGAUUUCUAUCGCAUUUUAGGCCUGUCAAGGGGUGCUACCACAAAUGAAAUAAAAAAAGCUUACAGGAGUAUGGCAAGAGAAUUACAUCCUGACAAAAAUAAAGACGAUCCUAAUGCAUCACAAAAGUUCCAGGAUUUAGGUGCUGCUUAUGAAGUACUUUCUGAUCCUGAAAAACGUGAGUUGUAUAAUAGGUGUGGGGAGGAAUGUGUCAAAAAGGAAGGUGGUAUGAGCGGUGGUGAUCCGUUCUCCAGUUUCUUUGGUGAUUUUGCCUUCCAUUUUGGUGGCGAAUCGCACAGUCAGCAGGAGAGUCCAAGAGGAGCGCAUGUCGUUAUGGAUUUAUUCGUCACUCUUGAAGAAUUGUACAAAAGCAGCUUUAUAGAGAUUACCAGAAACAAAUUAGUUAUGAAAGCAACAGCCGGGACAAGGAAAUGUAACUGUAGACAAGAAUUGGUUACACGCAACGUCGGUAAUGGAAGGUUCCAGAUAAUCCAGCAGGCAGUGUGUUCCGAGUGUCCGAAUGUUGAGUUUGUUAAUGAAGAGCGAACGCUAGAGGUUCUGGUUGAAGCUGGAAUGGUAGAUGGUCAAGAGACUAAAUUCUUCGCUGAGGGUGAGCCGCAUUUGGACGGAGACCCUGGUGAUUUGAUUCUGAAGAUACGAACACAACCGCAUCCGUUGUUCGAGCGAGUGAAGGACGAUCUUUACACAAAUAUAACGAUAUCGUUGCAAGAUGCGCUCAUAGGAUUCACAAUGGAAAUAACACAUCUUGACGGUCAUAAAGUAACGGUAGCUCGAGAUAAAGUGACUAAAACGGGCACGCGAAUUCGCAAGAAAGGCGAGGGAAUGCCCAACUUUGACAACAAUAAUCUUUACGGUACUCUUUACAUUACGUUUGAUGUGGCCUUCCCCGAGACGGAUUUCUCGGAAGAAGAUAAAGAAGCGAUAAAGAAGCUUCUCCAUCAAAAAUCGGUGAACAGGGUCUACAAUGGUAUUCGAGGCUCAUAAUCAUCUAGACGAAUAAUACCGAAUGAAGAGGAAUGAUGAAAUGAAAUCGCGUUAAAAUUCGUGCGACGUAUUCCAAAUGAAAUGAUGCAGUUCCCAGACGAAGGCAAGAGCAUAAUCUUGCUUCAGCAUUAAAAACUAGUUCCCUGGAGGUUACCGUGGGAGGUGGAUAAUCGUGAAUUUCAUCUGAAGAAAAAAAGUCUCCCCAUUUUUUAUAAUCCUUCUUCAUUCUUUUUCCAUACGCCUGCGGGAGUGUUUUUUCAUUGAAUAAUCCAGUGCGUACGAGACACGUUGGUUCAAGGUUUAUUACGAGUUUUGUGGGUGCGAGAACGACGAGUGAAAGACCAAUGGUUCCCCCACAACGUCGCAUCAUUUUGACGGAACUUUUUUUGUACAGUGAUCAUAUGGUUUGCCUAGACGAGUGUUUUCCACUUAAAAGCUAAAAAAUGGCGUUAAGAAAAACAAUACGACAAGGUCGACAAUAUUUAUAGUAAAUUAUUAUUAUAAGAAA